CCUCCAAGGCGAAAUCCAUCACCACCACUCGAUAUAAACUCACAAGAGAGAGAAACUCUGAUACAAUGAGAGAGAGGAGAGAGAUUUUUUUGCCCUAGAAAAAUGAAUCCUGAUAAGGACUUGUGCUCUGCGAUUCCGUAUUCAAUUGAAUUAUUAUCUUGUGGGUUUUAGUAGUAAUUGCUUCUUCAACCGCACCAGACGAAACCCACCUUCGAUUUCCCCUGCUGCAUUUUGAUUUGAUUUGAUUUGAUUUUCCCUCUCCUUCUAAUGUAAUUUCUUCAGUUGGGUUUCAUUUUUCUCUUCGGCUUUGAGAGUGUGUGAUUGGGUUUUCAAGGGAUUUGUUCUACUCUUUUUCUUGACUCUGCUCUCAUAAUUGUUAGUUUGACUCUUGCUCUUCCCCCAUUUUCUUGUUCUUCUUUGCAUGUUCUGGAUAGUGAAAUGGAAGUGAAGGGAGGGCUGAGUUCGUUCUCGAUGUGGGUGUUUUGUGUUUGAAUAAAUGUCUGUUUGAUUUUUUUUUUUCCUCACUCUCUCUUUUCCACCCUUUUUCUCUUUAGCAUUUCUCAGAGUUUGUGGGAUUUGGGUUUCUUUUUUUGCUUCUUUUUCUCCCCCUUUCUGGUUUCUGGGAGUUGAACUUUCAGCCCUUUUUUUCUCUUUCACGAUUUGAAGUUUGUUCCUGAAAAGAUGCUUGGUGUUCAAGGUUUUUGAUAACGUGCUGUGGUGGUUGUGGACGGGUUUUUAGUUCCUCUGUCUCCUUAUCUUCAACCUCAAGCCUUUUUCUUCCUUUUCCUCUUUUGUGUCCUUUUUUUGUUCUCUAAAUCAAACCCCCUUUUACACUUUUUUGCUGUGAUUCUCUGUUUCUCUUCCCCUUUUAGUUCUCUCAAGAAAUUCAUGGUAGUUUGAGGUGUGAGUUCUGACCUUGGCAGAAAUUUACCCUUCCCUUCCCUGUUCUUAUUAUCCUUCUUCUUCUUCUUCCCUUUAGAAUCUUAAGGCUAUACCGAACUGGAUUUCAUGGAUCGGAGGGAUCCGAUGGCGUUAUCGGGUUCGCAAUCUUUCUAUAUGCAGAGGGGAAUCACUGGCUCUGGCUCUGGAGCUCAGGGCCUGCGUUCCUCAACUAACCCAAAUGUGGCAUUUCAGACCAACACUGGAGGAAACAAUGUUGGAUCAGGGUUACCAAUGGAUCCCAACCCUGCCAUUUCACCUUACGGUGGCAAUGUGGGUGCUCAAUCUGGUGGCGUCGUUACGACCGAGCCCAUGAAGCGGAAGCGUGGUCGGCCUCGCAAGUAUGGGACCGAAGGGACUGUCUCUUUGGCACUCUCUCCCUCCCCUGCCUCUGCAAAUCCAGCAACUGCAGCUUCAUCCCCGAAGCGAGGAAGGGGGCGGCCUCCCGGCUCGGGAAAGAAGCAGCAAUUGGCUUCUCUUGGUGAAACACUUUCUGGAUCAGCUGGCAUGGGUUUUACUCCACAUGUUAUCACCAUUGGAAUAGGAGAAGAUGUUGCUGCCAAAAUUAUGUCAUUUUCACAACAGGGACCAAGAGUUGUAUGCAUCUUAUCAGCAAAUGGUGCGGUCUCGACUGUUACCCUUCGUCAGCCUUCGACUUCUGGAGGCACGGUCACAUACGAGGGGCGUUUUGAGAUAAUAUGUCUGUCGGGCUCAUAUGCACUUGGAGAAAAUACUGGUUCCAGGAACCGCACUGGUGGCCUGAGUGUCUCCCUUGCCAGCCCUGAUGGUCGGGUUAUCGGCGGUGGAGUAGGAGGAGCACUCAUCGCAGCGACCCCGGUUCAGGUGAUAGUAGGGAGCUUCAUGUGGGGCAGUUCAAAGAUGAAGUACAAGAAGAGGGAAGCUGUCGAAGGUGUCAUCGACUCGGAUCAUCAGACAGUUGACCAUGCUGUUGGAAUGGCGAGUGUUCCACAGAACCAGAAUCUGACUCCAACCUCCUCGGUGAGUAUGUGGCCGUCCUCGCAGUCUCUGGACAUGCGCAAUGCCCACAUUGACAUCGAUCUGAUGCGCGGGUGAGAGCUGUUUUGUUAACAAAUCUGGUUAGAGUGUACUAUGUGAAAUCAUCUGUAGGUUUUUUAAGUGGGACUGUGUUUGGAUUAGUUGACAUUCUCUGAUUUGUAGUUUCAGUUUAGCCAAUGAACAUGAAUCCAAUUCUGGCUUCUUUUUUCAA